AUGGAAAACUUGCUCGAUAACAAGAAAGAAUUAUUCGUAGGCAUCCGAGUGUUCAGUUGCAACUUCAGAAAAUUGGAUGUAAGCCAAGUGGGAAUUCAGUUAAAUAUUCCAGAUGCAGCAGAAUUGGAAAUUGGGAACCAGGAAUCCUCUCUGUUUAAUCAAACCGAAGGAUCUGGAAAAUGCAGUGGCGAGAUGAUAAGUGCUGACGGGAAGUUACACGAUUCAAGCUCCUCAGAAACACAGGUAGACAGUGAAGUGGUAGAUGAAAAUUUGGCAAUGUACCUGUUUAACGAGAAAAUAAACAUAAAGGUAGGAACAGUGCGAUUCAUUGGGACGCUAAAGAAUCAUCCCCAGCCGAAGCAAACAUUUUACGGAAUCGAAUGGGACAACAUAAUGGAAGGGAAAAAUUUUGGAGAUUUCAGAAAUGAGUUUUACUUUUCGCCUUUACAUUUGCUGAAGAGGGAAGAAACAAAAAGGUUCUACAAUUUGGCUAGUCACGAUUAUGGAAAUGGGUUCAGGGAAGACACAAAAAAAUGUAUGAAGAAACUAUGCAUAUGGAACAGAAACUUGAAACCAUGCUCCUUUUUGCCAAUAGACAAAAUACACGUAGGGUUAACAUUUGUUCAAGCUUUAAAUUUUAGAUACAAGUAUUUUCUUUCGGAUUCGGAUUUAUAUGUUGAAGAUUAUCAAACGAAGAAAACUAAAAAAGUUCAAUUUAGUGGAGAAACAAAAGUUAGAAAAUAUUUUGAAAAUUUUUUUCAACUAAAAAAUAUAACUUUAAAUAAAUAUUUGAUAUAUACAUGUGGAUUACACCACAGUCUUGUAUUUCACAAUUUGCAAAGUUUAUCUCUGUGCGGAAAUCUCUUAAGUAAUUGGAUAGACAUUUUUAAAAUUAUCAGUCUUGCUAAAGAAUUAUCCUAUCUGAACGUAUCAGAUAAUAAGUUUACAAAAUUGACUCUGCAGUCUGUUUUCGCCAAGCAUAUACGGGGUUGUGGCAAGGUAGGUGAAAAUGGGGAACCCAACAAAGGUACUAACACAGGAGAAGAUUGUUCAAAUGAAGAAAACUGCUCAAAUGAAGAAAACCGCUCAAAUAUACAUAAUCAUUGUAUUCAUGACGACUUGAUAUAUUUUGAUCAAAUCAAAGAAUUGUGCAUUGACAAUGCAAUGAUUGAUUGGGAAGAUGUUCUGAUUCUUUCCUUUGUCUUCCCCAAUAUGGAAAUUCUGAGCUUGAAAAAGAACUACCUGACCAACAUCAGAAUAAGAAAUGUAGACCUUACGAAUUCUCCAGUACUUCUCCUAUAUGUUCAGAAUGCGAAAUAUAGAAAAAUAUUGCAAUCUAGUAUGGAUGAUGAAUUAACCAAUGUCCAAUCAAAUGCAAAAGUUAGUAAUCUCAAAGAGUCUAUACAUGCAAAAACUUCAACAAAUGUAACUAACUGUGGAACAAAUGGGGACUCAGAUCUGAGUGAAAUCAAACAAGAGGAAGAAAACUUAAACAAAAUAGAGAAUAAAAUUAAUAUAGUGGAAAAAAUUGAAAUAGAUAUAUGCUCUUUUAAAAAAUUAAAAAAAAUAGUUCUUAACGACAAUUAUUUACACGACUAUGAAGAUAUGUUUUACUUCAUCUACAAAACAAAGUCUAUUCAAUCAGUGUUUCUAAAGAACAAUAAAUUUCCAGAUAAUGAUAAUUUAGUAGAUAUUGCUCGAAAUAUGUGUAUAAAUCCGGAUGAGAAAAAUAAAAAAAUGGAUACCCAAUCUGAUUUGCUUCAAAAAAUAAAUGAAAAAUUUAGUCAUUUGAAAGAGUUACUAUUUGAUAAUAACAAAAUAGAAAAUUACGAAACAAUACGAGACCUCUUUUACAUAUUCUACCAUUUAGAAAUCUUAAAUUUUCAGAACACAAAAAAUAAUUUAGGACUUAAGAAAAAUCUCCGAUAUAUAUUUGUAUCCAUCUUGCCCAUGUUGAAAAUAUUGAAUAGGAGUUCAAUAAAUAAAAAUGAGCGCAUAAAUUCGGAACGAUUUUUCAUAUCAUUGUAUCGAAAGGAUCAUGUGGCAAAGAUAUUUAACGAACCUGUGCUUAACCACAGGCACAGCCAGCGUCUCGAACGGGUGCACUACGAAUCCCCUCAGGACCAAGCCAGUGAUGAAAUGCCCAAGGGAAUGCAGAGCAACCUAAUUAACAUCACAAUAAUUCCGGAAUUUCUGAACUCCCAAAAUUUUGACAUCGUAAAGAAAAAGGUUAAUAAGCACAUGAACAUAAAAGAUUUGAAGUACUUGUGUUCGAGACUGUAUUCUGUCCCCCUCCCCAAGUUACAGUUAUUUUAUACAGACGAGAACAAUCCUAUGUGCAUCGAAAUCGUAGACACCAAUUCAAGUCUAUACACGUACGGAAUUGACAACAACUCGAAAAUAAAGAUUAAGAUGGAGCAAUAA